CCGUAGGUGGCUGCUCCAGGACGGACGGAAAGCCGCCGCCCGCUGUCAAGGCCACAGACUGGAGAUUUUCAAACCCGAUUGCCCCUCACACCGACAACUGCGAUCGAGUACCCACGCCUUACACAAAAAAAACCUUCGAAACAAAACAAAAUAGUCACGACGAAACAGAGAGGAAUGCCCCUUGCGCCCGCGGGCCCCAGCCACCUCCAAUAGUUGACGUCAGCAGCACCACCCUUACACACGAACCUCCCGGACGGGACACCCUUCGCAUUCCACCGCCACCUCUGCCGCCGCAACGAUGGCACUCAAAGAUGCCGUCGCCUUCCGGCCGACGCCAGUCACGAUCCUCAGCGUCCUCGCGUACUUCGCGAUCCUCAGCGCUCUGCUCUGGACACACUUCGUCCCGCCGCCCGUCGCGUCCCACGGCGAACUCGACUCCUGGGGCAUCGACUUCGCGCAAGCCUGGCAGGACCUACGCGUCCUGACGAAAGAAUUCCGCCCGUACAACUCGGCGCGCAACGACGAAGUGCGCAAGUACCUUCUCAACCGGGUCGAGGACAUCGUGAAGCGGAAUGUCGAAGCGGGCUACGAUGGCGUCGCCGAGAUUGUCGACGAUAAUGAGAGCAAUGUGCUCUUCGCCGCCGAGGCGGCGAGCGGGUUGAGCGUGUACUUCGAGGGAACGAAUAUCAUCGUCCAUGUCCACGGCUCCGACGCGUCGCUUAGCCCGGUGUUGGUGAACGCGCAUUACGAUAGUGUUUCGACCGGCUAUGGUGCUACGGAUGAUGGGAUGGCGGUGGUCUCGGUGUUGCAGGUCAUCCAGGCGUUUACGCAUCCCAGUCGGAAGGGCGACAAGAGGAUCAAGCGCGGGCUGAUCGCACUGCUCAACAACGGUGAAGAGGACUUCUUGAAUGGAGCGGCGGCAUGGUCGAUACACCCGAUGGCCAACCUUUCGCAUUCGUUCCUCAACUUAGAAGGUGCUGGUGCCGGCGGACGUGCCACACUGUUCAGAUCCACCGAUGCUGAGGUGACCAGAUGGUACAAGCAGAGCAAGCGUCCGUUCGGAACGGUCGUUAGCGGUGAUGGAUUCAAGCAGGGCUUGGUCAAGAGUCAGACCGAUUACAAAAUCUUCACGGAGCAACUGGGAAUGAGGGGAUUGGAUGUGGCGUUCUGGGAGCCGAGGAGCAGAUACCACACGCAGGACGACGAUGUCAAGCAUUCGUCGAAAGAGUCGCUCUGGCACAUGCUCGGAACCUCGUUGCAGACUCUCGAAGCUGCAACCUCCGACACCACUCGGCAGUUCGAUCGCGAUAGUGGUCCUCCGGCGGGGAUUGGACAUACCGGUGUUUGGUUCGACUUGUUUGGUCGCACAUUCGCUGUUUUGCGGAUACACACAUUGUUCGCACUCACCAUCACACUCAUCGUCGUUCCCUUCGUGAUCAUGGCCAUAACGACGUAUUUCCUGUACACCAACAACAAAUUGUACUAUCUCAGCAACACCCCGUUGGUCCCUCAGCCUUCGCGUUCCUCGAAUGCUCCCCGGACCACGCGGGGCUGGCGCGGUCUCCUCCGCUUCCCCGUCGCUUUCGUCAUAGCGACAGGAGCAACCAUCGGCCUCGCUUUCCUCGUCAACAAGGUCAAUCCUAUGAUCGCUUACUCGAGCCAGUACUCGGUAUGGGCCAUGUUCCUGGCACUGUGGUGGAGUUUGGCGUGGUUUGUGCUCCGUGGUGCGGACGCAGACACUGUACGGCCCACCGCACUGGGACGUGGCUACGCGUUCAUCGAGCAGUGGCUGCUCUGGUGGGUGAUAAUGAUUGCUGUCGCCGUUUCCAUCGAUCGCAAGGAUAUUGCGAGCGGAUACUGGAUGCUCAUCUCCUAUGCUGGGGUAUUCCUCUGUGCCUGGAUCUCGCUACUGGAGCUCUUCGGGUUGCCCUCCAAGCCCACUACACUGCCCCUCGACUUGAUUCCGGACAACACUGUUAACGUCGAUGAUUCGGAAGACGAGGAAAUUGCCGCGACAGAACGGACGCCUCUCAAUGCCCGCGGGCUUGGAAGACCCCCUAGUUUCGGUGGUUACGGGCGUGGCAACUACAACGGGAACACCGAAAGAGAGGAGGAGGAGGAAGAGGAAGAGGAGGACCCCGUUCCCUCCGAGGGCGUCUUCGGCCGCGAGCAAGCCUGGAGUAAAGACAUGCCGACCUGGGUGUGGAUCCCGCAGUUCUUCCUGUCGGUGCCUUUACCGCUGAUAUUUACCGGCUCCGUCGCCCUGGUCCUCUCCACCGCCGCCAACCAAACCGGCGCUGACGGCAGCAGCACCCUAACCUUCUACCUCCUAGUUUCCGCUCUCUCAGUGAUGAUCCUCCUCCCCGGUUCCCCUUUCUACCACCGAAUCAGCUACCACGUCACCCUGUGUGUAUUCCUCGCCUUCCUCGCCACCCUCAUAUACAACCUCACCGCCUUCCCCUUCAGCACCGACUCGCGCCUCAAGGUCUACUUCCAACAAUCCAUCGACCUCACCACGGGCAACACCUCCGCCUACCUCGUCGGCCACCCAGACUUCGUCCCGCGCAUCGUGAAGGACUACAUUCCCUCCGCGCACACCGCCAACAUCAGCGUGCACCCGGACCCUCUCCGCGUCGGUCUCACACGGGUAGAGUGGUCGCCGGCCCUCACUCCGGCGCCUGUACCAGGUGUCACCGAUCCUUCGGGCUGGCUGAUCCUGCACGCGACACGCCUCACCACUACCCGCAGCCGCUUCGUCGUCACGCCUGCCAACAGCCGCGCGUGCAAGCUGAUAUUUGUGAAUCCCGUGACCAGCAUCCGCAUCUUUGGCAAGCACACCAAGGUCAUGGGGAAACCCGUGCACCCCAACGGCGCGCGCGAGAUCCGCCUCUGGACCAGGUCGUGGGAUGAAUCGUGGGAUGUUGAGGUCGAGGGUGAGGGGGAAAUGAAGGGCCGCGUCGUGUGUCUCUGGAGCGAUGCGAACGAUAAGACACUCGUCCCUGCGCUCUGGGAGGUAGAGAGGUUUCUGCCCGCUUGGGCGGUCGUGUCGAAGCUCGCUGAUGGGCUGGUCGAGGGGUGGAAGGAGUUUACUGUGUAGUGACUGGACUCGUGGGAGGUAGCGCACGGUGAAGGAGGGGUGUAUGAUAAUGAUUGUUCUUAUUUGCUUGAAUUUGUAUUGUUUGGCUUGUUUAGGUCGUAUUUAGGUCGCUCCGGAGGAUUGGAUUCGAGAAUAUGGAGACUGGUUGGUUAAUACAGUUGUUUAUAACUCACAUGUGUGUUUGAAAGGGGAAUGGACG